AUGGGACCUCCAAAGGCUUGGUUCAAACUCGUUGAUCCUGAGAGUGCUUGGAGUCAAGUUCCUUUGACAGAAGUUGAAAACGUAGAUGACCUAAAAAAAGCGAUCAAAAAGGAGAGAGAAAAUGCUCUGAAAGAUCAUGACGCUGCUGAUCUCACUCUCAAAGCCACAAACAAGGUCGAAGAUGUUGAUGUUAAUCAAGCAAGAGAACUGGAUGCACGACAAGACCUGGCAUCCAUCCUCAAGGACUUCAAAGCGGCAGUACCGGAUGACGUUACUUUAAUGCAAAAGUCCUUCGCCGAAAACAUCCGGCUUUUUGUCUUUGCUCCUGUUGAAGUUGCAAAGAGAAAAGCAGAGGAGCUAGUUCUUGCUUCCGUGAAAAGAGCUAAAAAAUGGCAUGUGAACAGUACCAUUUAUCCAGAGAUUCGCCCUUUCUGCUAUUAUGCAGAGCAAAAGAUGCAGAACCAAGAAUUGAUUGAACAUAUUCUUGAAGGCCAGUACAUACGAUUGUAUGGACCACGAGCCUCUGGGAAAUCUUCCCGUGUGUGGGAAGCAAUGGAACAGCUUGAAUCUCAAGGUUACCAGUGCCUCUACACAACACUUGAGGAUGCAAAUGUCCGCAAUGAGGAGUCCUAUUGGAAGUCACUUAAUGAUGGUUUUGGAGAUGAAGCUUGUCUUCCAGUCACCAUCACUGACCCUCAGAGCUUUCGCAAAGCAUUUAGUCCAGCAAGCAAGAGGUGGAAUUUACCUGUGAUCAUUUUUAUUGAUGAAUUUGACAAGCUCCAUGAUAAGGAUUCAGCAGAUGCCUGCUCUUCAGCCUUGUCUUCAAUUCGUGCAGUGAGGAACGACAGAGGCAAAACUGUCAUACACUCUAUAAUCUCGAUCGGUACAUUUGCUAUUCUUGAGCUGGACCAAACAAAACAAUCACUAUCACCUUUCAACAUUACUGAAAACUUUAAAGGUACGAGCCUUACAGCAAAGCAAGUUGAGGAUCUCUUCAAGGAAUAUUCCAAGACAGAAAACAUAACUAUCGAUCCUAUGGUUAUUGAGGACAUUUGUGCACUUACCAAUGGGCACGCAGGCCUUGUUUCCCUUUGUGGCCGUGCAAUCCAUCGCUUCCUUUACCCUGAAACUGACCCAAAGAUGAGGGUGCUCAGUUUUGAUACAUGGCAGAAGUUUACUGUUACAAAACUGCAAGAUGUUAUUACGGAGUAUCCUACAUUCAGCAAAAUG